UAUAAAUCGUGUCGUUAAGGAAUCUCGUUCCCUCAUUCCAGCCUCUUCAGAACUUCCCUCCAAUCUCCGGUCGUCCUAUGAGGAGGAGAACCAGGUACAAAGACUAGCUCCCUCCCCCGGAUGCCCAGCUUUCUCCUCAUUGGACAACUCGUGUGUCAAUCAAUGCCUUACGCACUCAGACUGUGGUCCUGCCAUGCUGUGUUGCUACAAUGGGUGUGGCCAAGUCUGUACGGAAGACACGAGAGUGAGAAGGGCGCCUAAACGAGGCACCUGUCCCCGUGUGUUCCGAGACAGCAAUGCUGUCUGCACAGACGAGUGCGCCAGCGAUUACCAGUGCCCGGGCCUCCAGAAAUGUUGCAACUCUGAGUGCGGCCGCCAGUGUACAAUGCCGUGUUUUCAUUGGCUGACGAGAUCCUCUUUGUGGCGUGUGUCUCCGAGGUGUGGUAGCAGAGCAACCAAUCAGAGCCCCAGACGACACAGACACUCGUGGAAGCGGAACCAAUCAGGGGGUCCGACAAAUCCUUGGCUUCAGAGUUGAUUGGUGUGUGGAGAACUGGACUGGAGAGAACUUUCCGUGUGCAACACGCUCAUUACAAAGUUGAAAAAUGAACGACGGAGGGAAGGGGUAGUCAAUACGCGGGCGGACCAGCUAGUCGUUGUGACCCCCCUACCAAUAAUGCAGGCCUUCAUACAAACAAAUUAUACAAACUUCGGCAACAGAAGCAGCAACAGCAGUAACAACAAACAGCAAGAGAAAGAACAACAGCAGCAGCAACCGCAGCUGCAGCAACACUGCCGCCAAACAUAACCACCAACAGCAAGAACAUCUUAAACAAGAAAAAUAAUAAAAACAGCAGUCCCAAUACAAAAGAAAGAAGCACAAAAACAGCCGCUGAAAACCCCAGCUGCGGUAGUAAAUGCAACUGGAGAAAAGGCCAUAAAGCAAGAAGACUCUCAAUUUGGAAAUGCCAUGUGAAGCUAGUCAUGCUUUUGCAGAUCGCAUUCUUUUUGCCAUUUCUGAAUAAACUGAUUUUUGGAAAAAGUAUAA